AGUGGCAAUAGAAGUGAACAGAAAAAAGUUUCCUUAUAAUGUCACUCGUUCAAUGUAUAUAAAAAAUCCCUCGAAUUAUUUCAUUAAAUAGAUUGUCUCUUUUCUCUAUUAUCAAUCUCUCUCUAUCUGAGAGCUUUUGAGUUCGUAUUAAUAUAUAUAGUAAGUCAUUUAUAUCAUCGGUUUAAUAUUUGGUACGAUGAUGGUGAAGCAAGAAGAUUCAGCAGCUGAGCAACCCGAAGUUGCUAUAAUCGUGGGUGAUUCUUCUUCUCCUCAGGGUGAUGAUCAUCAGGUGAAAGAAAAAUCCACUGAAGAUGUGUCAAGCUCUCAAACUAGCGGAACACACUUGGAUCUUUCUAUACAAAUACCCCCUAGACCCAUCCCAUUUGUUGGCGGCCGUAUCCCAAAGGGUUCACUCAAGUCCACAAGUUCAUUCAAAAGCGGCACUACAUCCUCACCAAGAGGAAUCUUGCGUAAUCUCAGCUUGAAAAAGAAAGUUGUAGCAGCUCAUCUUGAAAGCGAGAGAAGCUCUCUACUAUCUCCCAGCCUCAUGGAAACAGCUAAAAAGCCCAAUGCUGCUGGUUCAGCAACUUCUCCUUAUUGGAAAAGAUGCUUGUCUCUUCCAUCUAGACAGACCGCAAAGUUGUCUCCUGUGGUAUCUGCUCAGGUUCCAGUUACUGUGUCCGGUGAACCUCCUAAGAAAGAUUCUGUACAUCCACAAGUGCCAAGGUCUUUGUCCAUGCCUGGAAGAAACAAAGUGAUUGUCCGCUCCAUUUCUUUUAACAACCACGAAGCUCGUGUUGCGUCUGAAACAAGCGCAGAUCAAAUCUCUCCAGUUCCCACGGAAGAAACAGAAGAAGAAAUUCCAGAAGAAGAAGCGGUGUGCAGGAUCUGUCUUGACGUGUGUGAAGAAGGCAAUACUAUGAAAAUGGAGUGCAGCUGCAAAGGUGAUCUCAGACUUGUCCAUGAAGCGUGUGCUAUCAAGUGGUUUAGCACCAAGGGAACAAGAAACUGUGAGGUCUGUAGAAAAGAAGUCCAGAACCUACCAGUUAUAUUACUUCGCGUACCUACAACUAAUCAACUAAACAUUAGACGUGGUGAUCGCAGUCAACAGAAUAUGCAGUCACAAACCGCUAGUGCUUGGCAAGAGUUUGUGGUGCUAGUUCUAAUCAGCACAGUCUGUUACUUCUUCUUCCUAGAGCAGUUACUGAUUCGGGACCUGGGCACGCAAGCUAUCUACCUAGCAGGGCCAUUUUCAUUAACGUUAGGCCUCUUAGCAUCUGUUUUUGCCAUUGUCCUAGCUAUCAGAGAAUACAUAUGGACAUACGCAGCACUUGAGUUUGCGCUUGUAGGCAUGUUGGUUCAUCUAUUAUUUUCUACAGUGAGACUGCCUGCGAUAUAUUCAAUACUAUUUGCAGGGAUUCUUGGUUUUGGGAUAGCAGUGUGCCUAAACUCCUUGUUCCUUAAUUACUUGGCUUGGCGUCUACGUGUUGCUGAAAACUCAAAUUCAGUAUGAAAAGUGAAAUCUCUUUUCCUUUGGUUUCUCUACUCUUCCUGCGCUUGUAUUCUGGAAAAAGAAGAAGUUGUUCAUCUGUUCCAGCAGCGACAUGUCAAAUGUAAAUAUAUGUGCACUCUUUUUGUGCCCACUGUAGUCUUCUUUAUCAUAGAGGAUGAUAAGUAUUGAAAAGAGAAAACUAUUGUAUCAGGUGAAAAGAGUUGAAUGUAUGUGUUCUGUUACUUCUCUUCUG